AUUUCUACCGUCAUCUAGAGCAGCACAAAGCCUGUGUACUCCACCUGCCAGUACUUAACCUUUCCCUAUACCGCAUAACCAGGCACGUAUUUCCUUUUCCUAAGCAAAACCCGUCCGCGCUAUACAAAUUCACGGCUCGUAACAUCCUCUCUAGGCACCCGCUUAACGCUACGUUUUUCCGCCUGUUCUUCGCUUGUUUUCAAAUUACCGCACAAACAAACAAACAUUUGAAAUUAUGAAAUUGGUGAUUUGCUCUCAGUCUACUGCCAGCAUCGUGGAGGCAGAUGCUCAUGAUAGAAUUGCAACGAUCGUCGAUCGGUUUUUGUCUUCAGUGAAGCCGAGAGCUGGCUCUGAAAACGCACUUGCUGCUCCACAAAACGAAACUACGAAAACUCUUCGGUUUAACGACAUUGUACUGGAUCCCUCGCGGUCACUGCAGGACUAUGAUGGUCUGCGGGAUGGCGCGGUGUUGCAAUUGGAACUGUCGACAGCCACUGCGACUGCGGCUGCGUCUGCUCCCAGCAUCGUUACCAACGACUCGUCAGCCUCGUUAUCUUCCAUGUCGACGUUUGCCUCGUCCUCGUCGGCAGCUCCUGCUUCGAGGCCGAAAGCUGGUGGUAAGAAGCGUUGUUCCUUGGCCACUUGCAACCGUCUUGCUCAAAGAAUGGUCGGUGACUGUAUGUACUGCAAAGGACACUUCUGCUCAGCACAUAGAUUGCUCGAGGAUCACCGUUGUGCGUCUUUGGCCGAGCUGCGGGCCAGUGAGCAUGAACGAAACCGCCAAAAGUUGGAGAAGGAGCAUUGCGACGCUUUGGUAAGCAAAGUCUAAGCAAUGAGCCAUCUUCUAGUGUCUGUGUGGCGAGAAUAAGCAACUUCUGGCUGUCCGUACUGAUGGAGAGGACAGUUUUGGAAUUGAUUUUUCAUUAACAGGGUCCAAAUGAAGGCUUGUUGCUAAAGGGUCCUAUUGUGCGCAUACAAGAGCUUAAUCGCCAUUGUGUGUGCGACACCGCAGCCAGUGUGUUUCUCGUCCUUGUGCGCAUGAGUAUAUCCACACACUUUUUAUUGGAGGGUGUCCUACUUUACCCCCUCCACAGUGUUAUGGAAUUCCCAGCACGCUUGUUAUUCAAAAGUCCUCUUCUCGACAUUGUCACUUCUACUACUGUAUUAGAGUGCGAUAUCCUGCAGCUCCUUUCCAACCGUGUGUCAACGAAAGUGCGAACACACGUUAGUGUAGGCAUAAUCUUCUGUGUUGCUUUUCCAAAGCAACUUUUUCGCACAGCAUGAAUUCGGUGCGAAAUGUAAUAGCCUCACUUAAUGAAUUUUUUAAUGAUGAUAGUAUUCGAGCUGACUAGAAUGGGGGAGAGAGGGGUGCGAAGGGCGUCGGAAACUUGCUUGCCAUCAGAUGAUGGGAGUCAUAUGUUUGUAUAAUUUAUCAAUUCAUCUUCAU